CCGGCGGCUAGACAGUUUAGAACAGUAGCGAUGAAGUGGUGGACGUGUGUGGUGUUCAUGUGCGCGGCCGUGCUGGCUGACGACGAGUGGCGCGAGGUGAGGACUGCGCAAGGCCCGGUGCGCGGGCGCAAGCACCCCACUGCAGACAUGUACGCCUUCUACAACAUACCCUACGCCACCGCGCCCACGGGCCAGGACAAGUUCAAGGCACCUCUCCCUGCACCACAAUGGUUGGAACCAUUUGACGCUAUCGACGAAGGUGUUAUUUGUCCGCAACCCACAUUACCAAUGGAUUUUAUGCCUAAGAAUCUAGUAACGAAAGAAAAUUGCCUCAUUGUUAAUGUAUUUGUACCUAAUACGAAAAAGACCAACCUGUCCGUCUUCGUGUACGUUCAUGGAGGAGCAUUUAUAAUUGGCUAUGGUGGAAUGGUAUCAGCAACCCAUUUGAUGGAAACCAAAGAUUUUAUUAUAGUAACAUUCAAUUAUCGGCUCGGUAUUCACGGCUUCCUAUGUCUGGGCACUGAGGACGCGCCAGGCAAUGCUGGCAUGAAGGACCAGGUGGCGCUGCUGCGCUGGGUGCAGAAGAACAUCGCCAGCUUCGGCGGUAACCCUGAUGACGUUACCCUUGCAGGUGGCAGCGCAGGCUCUGCUGCAGUAGAUCUCUUAUUGUUGUCUAAGUCGGCAGAAGGAUUAUUCCACCGAGUUAUACCUGAAAGCGGGGGAAACCUUGCCGCGUUUACUGUUCAGCGGGAUCCUGUAGAGAUUGCCAAAACACAUGCAAGGAAGUUGAACUUCACUAAUGUAGAUGAUAUCUAUGCUUUAGAACAAUUCUACAAGAUGGCUCCAAUAGAGCUGUUGACAGCAGACGCAUUUUUUGAUAGAACUGAUUCAAUAUUCAUGUUUUCGCCGUCUGUGGAACGUGACACAGGACACGAAGUAUUCCUGACUGAAUCUCCUCUGAAUAUACUCAAGAGUGGCAACUACAGAAAAUUACCUGUGUUGUAUGGCUUUGCAGAAAUGGAAGGAUUGUUUCGAAUAGACUUCUUUGAAUUUUGGAAGCACAGAAUGAAUGAAAAGUUUUCUGAUUUCUUGCCAGCCGACCUGACGUUUGAUUCUGAUGAAGAAAGAGAAGAAGUGGCUAGCAAAAUUAAGAAGUUUUACUUUGGCGAUAAGCCAGUCGGCAAUGAUAACAUUUUGAAAUACGUUGAUUUCUUUACGGAUACAGUAUUUUCUUAUCCCAUGCUUAGGGCUGUGAAGCUGCACGCGGAGGCUGGCAACAAUCAAGUGUAUUUGUAUGAAUAUUCGUUUGUGGAUGACGACAUUCCCUUGGUACCUCACACUAAUGUACGGGGAGCUAAUCACUGUGCUCAGUCAAUGGCUGUGUACGAUUACAAAAAUUUGACGCAUCGUGACGAGUCUCUUGCGACGCCUCAAUUCAGAAAAAUGAAGAAGAUAAUGCGUGAAAUUUGGCAUAAUUUUAUUAAAACUGGUACCCCGGUCCCCUCGGGCUCAUGGCUGCCGGCGUGGCCGGCGGCGGGCGCGGACCGGGCGCCGCACAUGUCGCUGGGCGAGCGGCUGGAGCUGCGCGGCGCGCUGCUGGCGGAGCGCACGCGCUUCUGGGAUGACAUCUACCAGAGAUACUACCGAGACGCGGUGCCGCCGCCGAAACCCCCGCCCAGACCACGCAACGAGUUGUAGAAUAGUCACGAUUUCUUUUUCUAUUUUUUGAUUUUUGUGCCUUAAUAGUGAAAAUUUUUAUGUGUAUUUGUUGAAAUCAUUAUAAUUUUACUAAUUCUA